AUGCGGUUUUUGAAGGGCACUAUCGAUCAUCGUUUGGAGUACAACAGAGCCGGCGAUCCUCAGUUCACCGGAUACACAGACGCGGAUUGGGGAGGUGAUCCGACAAAUAGGAAGUCGACAACGGGCUACAUCUUCAGCACGAUGGGAGGAGCCGUGUCCUGGAAUGUCAAGCGGCAGCCGUCCGUAGCAUUGUCGUCGUGCGAGGCGGAAUUUGUGGCACUUUCCCGGACAACGCAAGAGGCACUAUGGUGGAAGCAGCUGUUGCAGGAGAUAAAAGGACAACGAACGAUUCCCAUUUUCUGUGACAACCAAUCCGCGAUAUGUAUAGCACAAAACGAAGGAUUCAACUCGAAGACCAAGCACGUUUCGAUACGAUACCAUUUCGUGAAGGAUAGUCUGGAGAGAGGAGAUGUUGCGUUGCACUACAUCCCAACGCAGCAGCAACCCGCGGAUGGCUUCACCAAGGUUCUACCGAAGCAGAAGAAUGAAGCAUUUCGAAGAUAUUUAGGGAUAGUAAACUAA